UUGGUCCCUCCACAAUAGUUUUACGACAUUCUUAAAAGUGUUCAUUUGGCAAAAUGGAGCGCUGGUCAAAUCGAGUGGCCAUAGUCACGGGGGCUAGCUCUGGUAUUGGGGCAUCCAUAGCUAAGCUCUUGGUCGAAAAUGGUCUGAGAGUGGUUGGAGUGGCUCGCCGCGUGGAAAGAGUUCAAAAAUUGGCCUCUGAGCUGAAGGGAGGAAAAGGUGAAUUGCACGCAGUGCAAGGCGAUGUUACUGUUGAGGAGGACGUGAAAAGAGUGGUCCAAUGGACGAGGCAGAAUCUUGGAGGAGCUGACAUCCUCGUCAACAACGCCGGCGUCGGCCGACCUGGAAAAAUCUGUGAACAGAGUACCGAAAACAUUAAAGUUAUACUUGACACAAACGUGAUUGCUUUGACAAUUUUCACGAGGGAGGUUGUCCAAGAUAUGAAGUCGAGAGGAAUUUCGGAUGGCCAUUUUUUCAACAUUAACAGCAUUUGUGGACAAUAUAUCCCAGAACUUCCUACUGGCUAUAUUUACACAGCUAGCAAGCACGCUGUCACGGUGCUGUCGGAGGGUCUUCGUAGAGAGCUCAGGGAUAUGCAGACUAAGAUCAGGGUCACGAGUAUUAGUCCAGGCAUGGUGAAAACGGAAAUAGGCCGCGCCCCAGGUGUGUCAGAAGAGGUGGCCGCAAAGAGAUACGAGGGAAAACCGCAUUUGCAGCCAGAGGAUGUUGCACAAGCUCUGCUAUACGCUUUGCAGGCACCACCUCACGUCCAGGUGCAUGAAAUAACUAUUCGUCCGACUGGAGAAAUCAUCGUGUGAAAACCGCUCUCAACAUAGUAUUAAUUAAUGAAAUUAUGUAGUCCUUUAUUAUAAAUCGACCAAUUAAUU